ACUAUGACUGACGAUUUAAUUUUAUGACAAAGUCUUGAACUUAUCAAAAGAAGUUGAAAAUGUCGACCCAAAACGAUGCAGCGAAAAAUAUGAGCGACCAAUUCGCUGACGUUUUAAAGCCCCUAAAGCUAAUGAUUCACGGACCACCCGCCGUAGGAAAAACCGAAAUCGCCCGUAGAAUAUGUAAAAUGUACGGAGCCCAUUACGUUUCGGUGAAAACCAUGAUAGAGGAAACCCUGGAUGAAUUGAGGCAAAACAUCACUCACUUGCGAGAACAAGCGUUACUAAAGAAAACCGAAAAAAACCCCAAGGAGUCUGAGAUGGAAGAGGAAGUGGAAGAGGAGGAGGAAGAAGCAGACGAGGACAACCUGGAUGUGAACGAGGACAUCGCCCAGUACGAAGAACAAAUCCGGGACAUCGACGGUUUGAUGACCAAUAGCCCGAAUAAUAAAUUACCGGACGAGUAUGUGGUGCGUCUAAUGCGUUUAUUUCUGGCUAAGGAUCGAUGCCAGAGCCACGGAUAUGUUUUGGACGGAUUUCCCAAGACUAUUCAACAGGCAAAAGAAUUAUUCGGUCAAGCAGCAGAAGUGACCAAAGAACCUGCCGAAGGCAAAGGGGGAAUUUUGGGGGCCGAAGAGGUUUCAGGCGAACAUGAACUGGGAGGACAAGUGGGAGACAUGUUGGGCAACGCCAGUUUGAAUAUCAUGCCCGAUUUCGUGGUCAGUUUGCAAGCAAAAGACGAGUUUCUUUGUGAGAGAAUUAUGAGAUUGCCGGAAAAAGUGAUUCAGGGUACACACUAUGACGAGCCGAACAUGAUCCGACGUUUAAUGGAGUUCAGAGUGAAUAAUUCGCCAGACAAUAGCGUCUUAAACUUUUUCGAUGAGGCGGAAAUUCACCCGAUAUUAAUCGAUUUAACUGACGAUACCAUCGAAGAAACUGAGAAUAUACUGAGCUAUUUGUACAGUAUAUUCGGUCCUCCGAUACCCGGCUUCGGCUUAACAAAGGAGGAAGAGGACGAACUUAGGAAGUUGGAAAUGGAGAAGAAGAGGAUGGAGCGAGAGGCCUACCAAAUUGAAAAGCAGCUUAAAGAAGACGUGGAAAGAAAAGAAUACGAGGACAAAAUGGAAAAAUGGGCGGAAACGUUAGAAAAACUCCAAAUGGAAGAGGAAAAGAUCACCGCGAUCGAAAGCGAGCCGUUGCGACUAUAUUUGAUGAAGUACAUCUUUCCGACUUUAACGAAAGGAUUAUCAGAAGUAACGAAGAUCAAACCGGAAGACCCCAUAGACUACUUGGCCGAAUUCCUGUUCAAAGAAAACCCGGAGGGUAAAAUGUUCGAUCCAUCCUACACUAGAGCCGGGGAAGAGAUUUUGAAGCAAUACGAAUCUGUUACUGCCACCUUUAAUGACCUUAGAGGAGAAUAGUUUUUAUUUAAUUAAAUAAUGAGUUGUGUGUAAGACAUUUGAAUACAUUGUAUAAAUAUUGUAAUUAAAAAAUAUCAACUGAA